AUGUCCAUCAAACAAGCAGCCUGGACUCACGGCAUCGGCCUCGAGCUCGAAACCCCCACCUGGACCGCCCUCCGCCAAGGUUUCUACACCACCGCCAAAUCGGCCAUGAUCCGCUUCUCGACCGGGCCGACUGCCAAGAUCACCUCCAUCCAUGUCUAUGAUGGCGAGAAGAAGAUUGCCGAUUACAAUGGGUUGAGUUUGACGGGCAAUCUCCAGUUUGUUUUGUGGGGGACGGCUGUUUGUGUGGCGGUGCAGUUUAAUGGGACGGCGGCGAGUGAUUAUGUGCAGUUUAUUGGUUCGGGGAUUGAUUUCUAUGUCUGA